AUGUCUAGAGAUUCAAUCCCGAACCUGUUAUCCCUUCGUGGUGCAAGGGGUGGCCGGGGCGGUCGCGGUCGCGGAAGAGGUCCCGGUGGUCCCUCCUCGGGCCCGACCCAUGAUCAGACGAUUCAAGGGACCGACGACGACGCCGCCGGCUCGCGCCUGAGUGCCGUGAACGUAGGAUACCUCGCCGACCCCUACGCCCAGUUCUUUGUGGACAACUUGGCCGGGCCCCCUCCAAGAAGGCUACCCAUCAUCAAUCGAGGCACUUACACGAGAACCGUUGCUCUCGACAACCUCAUUGACAGCUUUUUGGACGAAUCCGACGGCACACAGUCGGGUUCGAAACAGAGGCAAAUCAUCUCGCUGGGCGCCGGCACCGACACUCGCCCGUUCCGUCUCUUUCCCAGGGCCAACCGACCUGAGCUUGUCUACCACGAGAUCGACUUCGCGGUCACGGUGCGGAAAAAGGCACGCAUAGUGCAGUCAGCCCCCCCAUUGCGCCAAAUUCUUGGUGUACCUUCCGUAGAGGAAGAUGGCUCGUGGAGUUCCCAACCAUCCUCGGCAGACAAGUACUACUGUCACUCACGCGACCUCCGCGAGCUUGUGCAAGGAGGCUCACAGCCCCUCGCAGGCCUCAGAACGGACUUCCCGACAUUGUUGAUAUCGGAAUGCUGCCUCUGCUACCUCGAGACAUCCACAGCCAAAGACAUCGUGGCGUGGUUCGAGCAGAAGAUCCCCAACCUGGCCAUCAUCAUCUAUGAGCCAGUCAGGCCCGACGAUCCAUUUGGCAAAAUGAUGACGUCCAAUCUUGCGGCGAGGAGGAUACGCAUGCCGACCCUGGAAAGCUACAAGCUUCCGCAACACCAAACACAGCGCCUGCGCGAUGCCGGUUUCGAACACGCCAACACUCUGACGGUUGAGCGCAUUUGGGAAAAGUGGGUAUCAGCCGAAGAAAAGGAGCGCGUUGACCGACUGGAGGGUCUUGAUGAGGUUGAAGAAUGGAAGCUCCUUGCUGACCAUUACGUUGUGGCAUGGGGAUGGAGAGGCGUUGGGUUUGCAUUGGACGACUCAAACGGGGCGUAG